UUUUGGUGGGCGUUUUAGUUCAAGGCAACGAUUGGGUAGUUUGUUUGGUUUCUCCCCUGUAAAAUCUACGAUAUUGAACAGAAGUAUUUAUUUUUUGUUGUAGAAGUUUUUUAGUAGGGAGUUACGGUUUUAUUUGUUGUAAAAAAUUAAAUUGUAUUUAACAAUAUUAUGGCAACGACAUUAAUAAGAUCACUGUCGAGGACAAAGGUUCCCUUUCAAUUCGGGCGUAUGUGUUACUCCUCUGUGCCAACAACGAAGCUUUUCAUUGAUGGGAAGUUUGUUGAAUCCAAGACUUCAGAAUGGCUUGACACCCACAAUCCUGCCACCAAUGAAGUCAUCGGUCGAGUACCUAAAGCCACCCAGGAAGAAAUGCUGGCCGCGGUGGAUUCUUGCUCCAGGGCCUUUCAUUCGUGGUCUGAGACCUCCAUCUUGGCUCGCCAGCAGAUCUUCCUGCGUUAUCAGCAGCUCAUUAAAGACAACAUAAGGGAGCUGGCGAAGCUGAUUACGCAGGAGCAGGGAAAGACUCUGGCUGACGCAGAGGGAGAUGUGUUCAGAGGGCUGCAGGUUGUGGAGCACACCUGUAGCAUCACCUCCCUCAUGCUGGGUGAGACACUCCCCUCAAUCACCAAGGACAUGGAUACCUACACCUACCGCCUGCCCCUAGGGGUAUGCGCUGGCAUCACCCCCUUCAACUUCCCAGCUAUGAUCCCACUCUGGAUGUUCCCUGUGGCCAUGGUUUGUGGCAACACUUACCUGCUCAAGCCGUCCGAGAGAGUGCCUGGCUGCGCCAUGCUAUUGGCCAAGAUGCUGCAGGACGCCGGGGCCCCAGAUGGGACACUGAACAUCAUUCAUGGCCAGCACGCAGCUGUAAACUUCGUCUGUGACCAUCCUGCCAUCAGAGCCAUAAGUUUUGUGGGGUCCAACCGAGCUGGCGAAUACAUCUAUGAGAGGGGUUCCAAAAACGGCAAGAGGGUGCAGUCCAACAUGGGGGCGAAGAACCACGGCGUGGUGAUGCCGGACGCCAACAAGGAGAACACGCUGAACCAGCUGGUGGGCGCGGCCUUUGGCGCAGCGGGCCAACGCUGCAUGGCUCUCUCCACCGCCAUCCUGGUGGGCGAGGCCCAAAGCUGGCUGCCCGAGCUGGUGCGGCGUGCCAAGGCUCUGCGUGUCAAUGCAGGUGACCAGCCUGGGGCAGAUGUGGGGCCCCUCAUCUCACCGGAGGCCAAGGCACGGGUGGAGAGCCUGAUCCAGAGCGGGGUGGACGAGGGCGCCUCACUACUCCUGGAUGGCCGAAAAGUGCAGGUCAAGGGCUAUGAGAAGGGCAACUUCGUUGGGCCUACCAUACUCGGCAAUGUCACGCCUCAGAUGAAAUGCUACACGGAGGAGAUCUUUGGGCCGGUCCUGGUUGUCCUGCAGGCCGACAGCCUGGACGAGGCCAUAGACAUGGUCAAUAAGAACCCAUACGGCAACGGCACAGCCAUCUUCACCACCAAUGGAGCCACGGCUCGCAAAUACACACAUGAGGUGGAUGUCGGUCAGGUCGGAGUGAACGUUCCCAUCCCCGUUCCGUUGCCCAUGUUCUCCUUCACUGGAUCCCGGGCCUCAUUCAGGGGCGACACAAACUUCUACGGCAAACAGGGAUUCCAGUUUUACACCCAGAUCAAGACUGUGACCUCACAAUGGAAGGCAGAAGAUGCCACUUUGAAAUCGCCUGCCGUCACCAUGCCAACCAUGGGACGUUAAUGUGACUUCCCUGUGCACACAGAACUCCAAGGGUUAGGAAAAGUAGAUCUGAAGUUUUCCCCCGCUGCUCUGGAUGCUGAGACCACUUGAUGACUACAGUAUACAAGCCUUAAUGUGUAGAUGUAUAGCAGUCCUGUUUUUUAAAAUCCUUUAUGGUGAUUUAUAACCUAUAACUUCAUGUUAAAGGUAUGUUAAGAUCAUGCCCCACGCAGUCAGAUUCCUAGAUGAACAGGACACCACUGAAGUUGCAGUGUAUCUAUAGAAGAUGUAACUUGUUUGCAUAUCCAACUAUUAAAUAAUUAAUCAUCAAAUACAAAUAAGAAUGCAAAUAAUACAGAUUUAUACUUUCACAUAUUUUGACUGAUAAGGAUAUUUUUGGUCAAGCUGUGUUGGAUAAAACCUUUAUUUUGUUGCACAAUUCACAAUUAUCAAAGCUCUGACUGUUUAGCCUAACGGAUCAUUUCGGACAAUGCACAAAUCAAAUGUAUUUUCUCAUGCACUUCAUGUAAAUGUUCCUCAGUGUAACAUAUCCAUAUAUUUGCUGUAUUCAUGUGUGCACUACUACAGGAAGCACCACACAUUUAAAGCAUUAGACACAUUAAAAUUGACUCCAUUCUCAA